CUUGCCUCACAAUAGCUCUUCCGGAUCAAUCGAAGAAUAUUAAAAAACGAAAAAAAAGAAGAAACGAAAAUGACAACAUUAAGAGCUUUCACUUGUGACGAUCUCUUCAAAUUCAAUAAUAUCAAUUUGGAUCCCCUGACAGAGACUUAUGGAAUUCCCUUUUACUUACAGUACCUGGCUCACUGGCCUGAAUACUUUAUCGUAGCAGAGGCGCCUGGAGGAGAACUAAUGGGAUACAUAAUGGGAAAGGCAGAGGGUUCAGUAGCUCGAGAAGAGUGGCACGGGCAUGUCACAGCUCUUUCUGUGGCCCCUGAAUUUAGGCGGCUUGGUUUGGCAGCAAAACUCAUGGAAUUGUUGGAGGAAAUCUCAGAAAGAAAAGGAGGAUUCUUUGUUGAUCUCUUUGUACGCGUUUCUAACCAAGUUGCAGUGAACAUGUACAAGCAGUUAGGAUACAGUGUGUACCGGACUGUGAUUGAGUACUACUCUGCCAGCAAUAAUGAGCCUGAUGAGGAUGCAUAUGACAUGAGAAAAGCCCUUUCAAGAGAUUUGGAUAAGAAGUCGAUAAUACCACUGCCCCAUCCUGUGAGACCUGAAGAUAUUGAAUAACUAUAAGCUGUGGUUCUUAGACAGAUCACUUCAGAUUCUUAAGAUUUUUUAUUUAUUGAUUACAGAAUAAAAGCAAUUAUUGCCUGUAAAACUAUAUGUUUUAAGUUUAUGUUAUGAUUCAUCCUUACCUUAAAAUUUCUAAGUGCACACUUCUGCACACAGGUAAAGCAGAGCAAAGUAGUUAUUUAUUUUUCAGCAUUUUAGGUAGCAAUCUAAAGUUAUGCUGGUGCACUUCACAGUGUUGUAUUAUUAAUUUUAAAUUUGUGUACCAGCCCGGAAUAUGUAGAUAUAAUCACUCUAGAGAAUAUAGAAACUUUUACCAAACAGAUGAUGCAAUUGAUAUAGUUGAACUAUAAUGCUGUCCAAGAACCACAGCAUUGAUGAUGCAUAUUACAUUAAAUUCUGUAUACACAAUAUGUAUAUUUGUUUAAUAUUUUAGCUAAAUAAUAAAUUGGAUGAUACAUCUUUA